AUGAACCGAAAGUUCGAUCGCUUCAGGCAAUGGGCGGGGGAGAGAAUGGGCAAUGAAGUCAGGACCAAUUUGACGGAUGACUUCAAGGCGAUGGAGACAGAGAUGAACGUCAGGCACGAAGGUCUCGAUCGCAUCCACAAAGCCUUGGCUUCCUACCUCAAGUCCAUUUCCAAGCGCAGCGAAGGCGAUGACAAGGAGAAGACACUGCCAAUUGCUCAUCUGGGAACUAACAUGGUCACCCAUGGGGAGGAUUUUGAUGCGUAUUCUGAGUAUGGUCGCUGUCUUACGAUGUUCGGACGCACCGAAGAACGGGUCGCACGUGUGCAGGAAGGCUACAUCGCGCAGGCGAACGCUACUUGGCUGGAGUCUCUCGACAGAUCCAUGACUCAAAUGAAAGACUACCAGAAUGCUCGCAAGAAGCUCGAUAGCCGCCGACUGGCCUACGAUACCUCCCUCUCCAAGAUGCAGAAGGCGAAGAAAGAGGACUUCCGCGUGGAAGAAGAACUGCGGACACAGAAAGUCAAGUACGAAGAGGCGAACGAUGAUGUACUCCGGCGGAUGCAGGAUGUCAAAGAGACCGAAGGUGAAGGUGUUGUCGACAUGGCAGCCUUCUUGGACGCUCAGUUGAAGUACCAUGAGCAAUGCACAGAGGCGCUUCUCCAGCUGAAGAAUGACUGGCCCGGCGGUCAGGGUUCUCCGCGUACUCCUAACAACGGCCGUCGCAUUGGGCGCACCCGCUCCAACACGGCGCAUUCUUAUCACGAGCGCUUCGAGCCUCUUCACGAGGAGAACACAAACAUGCUGCAACCCACUCCCAUCGUCCGUUCGAGCAAACCUGUACUUCCAGAAUCGCCGGUGCGCGACCCCUAUGCGGCCGACAUUGACACCCAGCGACCAGCCAUCAGCCGAACGUCGACUUUUGAGGGACCUACGCAGUUACGGCAGGAACCUGUCUACAGCAACUCAUAUUCAUCUCGAACAACAAGCGAGAACUUGGGUGCUCGUAUCUCUCAACUCCGACCCGUCAGCCGAGUCGCUUCUGAUCCGUACACUGAUCAUUCUGAGAACUAUUCCACCGGCACCAGCCCUGAUGGAUAUUACGGCGAACGAUCCUCUCCAACGCCCUCGUAUGGCAAUGGAUUCUACCAGGGAGGCAGUUCUAUGAACGGCUCCGGAACGUUCAAGAAGGCACCACCACCUCCGCCGCCAUCGCGUGCAAAGAAGCCUCCACCGCCACCGCCUCCGAUGAAGCGACCUAUUUUCGCAGGUGGUGCGUACUGA